AUGAUGUUCGAUCCUGGGACUCGGCUCUUCUAUCACAUGGCAAACAAGGCCCCAUCCAAAGACCUGGCCUUCGAACCUGUCAACUUGACCAAGGGAUCCGCCAAGCCCAAGGCUAAGUCUGAGGCCUCGGAGCCUUUCUUCCCCCUGCCUGCCCCUCGUAACGAUCUAUGCACCGUUUGUAUCGAACUUCUAGCCCCCGAGUGUGUCCUCGAGCGAAAGGAAACCGAGGGCUAUGCCGUCUGCAACAGCUGCGAGACUCGAUACCGUCUGCCGGAGCUGAAUGACGACAAAAGCGAGGAUACCGGCAUUGACUUCGAUACCGAGAGCCCGCUGUCGGAGCAUCAAUCUUCCGCCACUUUGGCCGGAGGCUCGUCCAACCUAUUCAUCGGAUCUGCCAUGUGA